UCUGUUAUGGCAAGGGCUGCACAUUGGCAUUUACCAAACAGCCGUGGCAUGCCACUCUCCCUGACAACACCUCCCCGCCUUCACAAGAGACAGACAGACAGGCUGAACUGAGCUGAGAGCAGACUGUAGAGGACUGUCUGACAAACACGCACUCACAUUAGCGAGACAAAGUGGAGGAAACUGCUGAACACAUGUCACAAGAUACUGGAGGUCCAUCCAGAUAAUGUGACAACAAAUUGUUUGGACAACUGAAGAUUAAAAAAGAUGAUGGAAGGACAAAACGGAAAUAUCUUGCCUCAUAAAACAACAGAGAAUGGAAUUAAAGGGAAGCCCUCGUACUCAGUGGAAACCCCUUAUGGCUUUCAACUUGACCUGGACUUCCUAAAAUACGUAGAUGACAUAGAGAAAGGAAACACAAUCAAAAGAGUCCCCAUCCAGCGCAGAAGCAAGGGCCCCCGAGCAAGCACUCUACCCAGGCACCUAAACCCUUCUGGUAGUGGCUACCGCCCGAGCCCCUGGGGAUCAACUGGAGCUCUUGGACCCAGGUCCCGACUGUCAGAUGCCCAUCAUCAUGGCUACACAUCCUGGGCUAAUGAUCACAGGUCGCAACUCUCUCCCACAAGGCUCAAAACCCUGACCGAGAUGGAGGCCAGAAUCAAGGAGUUUGAUGAGCAACCUCUGGGUGAGCACAUAAGACCUCAUCUCCUCCGUGCCUCCAGUCUGCCACUCACAGUACUGCUGAGACAGGGAUCAGAAUCCACCGAUGACCCCGGCAGCCUCCGAAGUUCGAGGGAUCACCUUGAAGGAAGAAACACUUCCUGUGAAGAUGUUUUCUACACCUCAGACAGCCCUCGACCCCAGGACUGCUCUGGGCUGUUGAGACGCCUGACAGAGGCCCUCGAACGUGUGGGGGAGCUGGAAAUGGAGAUGAGGGUGAUUCCAGAGCUCAGGGCACACAUCUGCAUCCUCCAGGAGGAAAGUGAAAGACUCCGUAUGGGCCUGGAUCCUCAUAUGACACCCGGCUCAAUGAAUGGAAACUCAUCCCACUACUCCACAGUGGACAUCAAAAGGCCUCGGCAUGAAAGUCAUAUCAUGUUUCCUAGAAAUCACAGCGUCUGCCAGGAAGACUCUAAUCCAACACACGAGUGGAGGACUAGUACAGAUCUGGAUGAGCUGCUGACAGUGACAUCCCUGCAGGCCAAGGUAGCUGUGCUGGAGCAGAAGCUCCAUGAGACUAGCAUGGAUCUCCAGAGGGCCUUAGGGCUGCUGAGGGAGCAGAAAGAUGAGAGCAGAAGGAAAGAUGAGAAGAUUGGGCACCUUGUUAAGAAUCCUGGUGUUUGGGUCCGUGCAGAGAGAGUAUUGGUAGACCAGGAUGGAGAUGAGACGGUGGUGAAAUCCAUUGAUCCAUGUAAUAAAGUGUCACCUCCAGAUGCAUUCAUCAGUACAAGGACUGUUACCACAAAUGGACAAAGAAUUCGACAACAAGACUCUGUUGUCGAUUCUACUGAGGGGAGCCCACUAGUAUCUGUGGAACCUGGAGAUGCUUCAGAUGACAGUAUAGAUACAGCAAUGGUCGUCCAUCACAUAAAGAAGAUCAAGAGGCUCCUGGAUCAGCAGUGGGAGUGUUUGUGUGCAGACCGUGAGUCAGGACAAGCAGGUAAACCUCUAAAGCACCCAGACCCCAAAGUCAACUCCCUGCAGCAGGAGAUGAUGGGACUUGUUGACAUCCUUACCUCCUACUACACCCAGCGUGGACACAGCGAUGGAGAGAGGACUCAUCAAGGAGUUUCUAAAUCCAUCAUAAGGACAGAUGGAUGUAACCAGACGUCAAAAAACCUACAUUCUGGGGGUGUUAAUGAAGGACGCAAAACAUCCACAAGUGUUGGGCAGGACUGUAUGGGCCAGAGCAAGCAGAAGGGGAGCAGGAUCAGCCCUCAGGAAAUGGCUGCUGCCCAGGUGGAAGCAGACCUAGAGAAGAGACGGAUAGAGGGAGAGAGGCAAAUGAGCCCAGACAGACAGAUAAUAUCGGGAAGAGCAGGAUCAGUGUGGACAGAUGGAGGCGUACCAUCUGUGGAAGCUGAGGCUCCAGAGAAAACGGCCAAGAUGAAACCACAGGCCUUUGGAGAACAGAUGGAGGGGAACUCUGGCUCGGAAACCACAACCGGGGGCAGGGAGACAGUGAGUGCAGAUUUUAUGACUGCUUGUCAGUUUCUCAAAGAUCACAUGGACAACAUGGAUAACCCCAAUAAUGACAUGAGGAAGGCCCUGGUUGUGGUGUUUCAACACUGGUUCAGUGCGGCAGCAGAGGAGACUUCAGUGGCCAGCAGGUUGGCAGUGUACUUAAGAGAAGUGAAAAAGACCACUCCUUCACUGCUGGCGUUCUUGGUCAACCUGGCUGACGACAAUGGCAACACAGUCCUGCAUUACAGCGUGUCCCAUUGCAACUACAGCAUCGUCAGCCUGCUACUGGACACAGGUGUGAGUGAUGUGAACCUCCAGAACAACGCCGGCUAUACAGUAGUGAUGCUGGCAUCACUGACAGCCCCUGAUGGCCCAGGUGGCAUGGAGGUGGUCCGCAAGUUAAUGGAGCUGGGCAACGUCAAUAUUCACUCUAGCCAGACAGGCCAAACAGCUCUGCACUUGGCGGUGAGACACGGGCGAGUUGUGAUGGUUCGGCUGCUGCUGAGUUGUGGAGCAGACACUAACAUCCAGGACAACCAAGGAACCACGGCCCUGAUGUUCGCAUCUGAGAGGGGCCACACACACAUUGCAAGGCUGCUGCUGGAGAGGAGCCAGUGUGAUCUCACCCUGACUGACAAGCGUGGUCGAAGUGCACUCUCUAUCGCCAUGCAAGGUUCCCACACGGAUACAGCCACACUCCUGCAGGCCCAUGCUAAAGCUCGAGCUUUGUAGUACUGGAAAAUAAUCUGCAGACAUACAGUGCUUGUUUCUGUCUGUGUCACUUCGACACCCAGUUUAAUGCUGGAUUGAGCGGUUGCUUUCAUGAUAUUGUUUCCGAAUUCUGGAUAUCUGCACGAGCAUUAGCUUCAGUGUUUGGGUGGGAUGACAUCAUUAUAACAAGACUGUACAUCAUCAGUGAGUGAGGCAAAGCUUAGAUGUGGUAGUCAUUUUUUCGCUGAUGCAGUAUAGAGUAAGUGUGUUGUCUUCUAUUGCUGUUGAUGUUCAUUGUCAUGUCUGAUCCUUGCACAUCCAAGUAGCAGUUUAGCUUUGCAAACUAUGCAAAGAAAAAAUAUUUAUGUUUACUGUGUUGGUCAAAGACCAAAAGGUCAGUGCUUAUAAUAAAAGUUUCACUAUCCCAGGUGCUUUUAUGUUUUUAGAGGAAAAUUACAUAUAACUAUUUUCAUUCUUGCAGCAGCCGAGCACUUUUAAAAUAAAAUGUGUGUAAAACAUACAAAGACAAGCAAAAAACAUGUCUCACACUGCAUGCCAAGCACAUUAAAGUAUGAAACAAUAUACGGUGCCAAAAACCCAACCUGUAGAUUUCACUUACCUGUAAUUGCUAUACUGAUGU